UCACUGUUAUUGUGGUAGUUGCAACUGUAUCUGCUCGCACAGAUUUUGCCACCAUUUCGCUGACAUUUAGGCCCCUAAAACUGCGUAAACGAGAGGACCCGCAAGACUAAAUCGGUACAAUGUCGCGCCAAAAGGACAUUUCAUCGGACGAGAGUUUGCAAGGUUCCUGGGUUGAGCUGCAUUUCAGUGGCACUGGAUCCCAAAGCACCAGUCACCAUGGAAGUCAGGAGCAAAUCCCCACGUCCAUCCAGGAGGUUGACAUGGAGAAAAUGCUGCUAGAUGCACAGCACGAGUCAGGCAGAAGCAGCUCCAGAGGAAGCUCUCAGUGUAACAGCCCACUAAGAGCACAGACCCCCCUUCUUAUGUGGAGAGGCUCAGAGGGAAACAGCUCGCAGUCAGAUGAAGAUUUCCAAGAAAGAAGACGGGAAGUAGAGAACCUGAUGAAGAAAAAUGCUGACUGGAUCUGGGACUGGUCUAGUCGACCUGAGAACAAUCCACCAAAGGAGUUCCUGCUGAAGUACCCUAAGCGCUCGACCUCUCUCAGCAUUAGGAACACCAGCGUCAUGAAGAAGGGAGGCGUUCUCUCUGCUGACUUUCUGAAGCUUUUCCUUCCAUCAUUAAUCAUUUCUCACAUACUUGCUGUUGGCCUUGGGAUAUAUAUUGGGAAGCGUCUGACCUCCCACAACUCCUACUAAGUAGGAUGGCGGUGUUGCAACACCUUUGUCACCUUGAUGUGACCAUCUUGGCAUGCCUUAAAAUGGGACCUUCUGAAUAUCAAGGGAGAUGUGGCCAUGUGACACUGUCCAAUUUGUUUGAGUGCACCACGUCGCCCCCCAACCCCCCCGCAUGGAGAGGAUGUGUCAUUGCUGUUUCAUGGUGUAUUCUCCUCAUCACAACAGUGACCAAUCCUCUGCUCCUUGCUGUUGCCCCUUGUUGUGGCCUGGAGAUGACUGUUUGGCUGUUUCCUGCUCCUUAAAUCUGCACGUUACGGAACUGAUACAUAUUGUACGUCAUUGCCUUUUUCUUUUUGCAAUGAGAAAUCACUAUUGAUUUUAAACGAUAUACUGUCAAGUGAUUUUUAUUUUUAGACCAGCUGUGGAUAAAGAAAAUAGUUUGGGCUUGUAAUUUUAUUUGACCUUUUGUCCAAGGGAUCAUUAGCUUAGCGUUUCACUGAUUGCCUCCAUUGCAGAUUGCUUAAUUUGUGCAAAUGUAAUUGUUAUUGAGAGAAAAUCAACUGAAAUGGUCCAAUUUAUUCAUCCUACUCAAAAUAAAAGUUGGGUAUACACA